AUGGAGAACGAGAAGGGAGAGAUCGUCGAUCUACGAAAUCCAUGCACCUCAGAACUCCAAUUUCCCACUGCAACGCAGUAUAUCCAUGGAGGCGCAUGGCGGAAGUUUUUCGACAUUGAGGAUUUUCAUAUCGGAUCAUUUGAAUCAAUCACUAAUUGCUUCUUCCUCGUCGCCAACAGCUACGUGCCCCGCAAGUGCAGUGCCACCAACCGCAUCAUCAAGGCCAACGACCACGCUUCCGUUCAGAUCUCCGUCGGCAAGGUUGACGAGAACGGCCGCUACACCGGCGAGAACCAGACCUACGCCAUGUGCGGCUUCAUCCGUGCCCGCGGUGAGAGCGACGACUCCUUCAACCGCCUCGCUCAGCGUGACGGUUACCUCAAGAACGUGUGGACCGCUUCCCGCCAGCGCUAA